AUGCCUGUACCACGCGUCUCUUGGAAACAAUAUAAACUUCCGGCUUCCGUCGUUUCCUUUGUUUUUGUGGAUGGAGCGAAAUACUUCAUCGGUCUCUUCUCGUCCACCGAUUCACUUGUUGACCGUGAACGCCAUGCUGUCAUUGAUAUUAUCUCUAAGCAGCCUCAUAUACUCACAGUCCCGUGUCGGUUAACAACUGUCCAACUCAGCCAAAUGACUCUCAUGGCCCUGGCACCUCUCCUUGUCAACUCCUCCAUUGUUUUGACACUACCUCCGCGGCGUCCUGCCGAGCAACAUCAGCAGGGUACCAACCGGUCCAAUGUCCCCUCACCUACCCUGCUUGGCAUGGGGGCCCAACGAAAGGACCUGAUCAAAUUUUAUCCUAAUCCGACAGAGCAUCCCUUCCCAGCCCGUAUUCCAGCCCACCCAGAAGACGAUAGUCGCGGUAAAUCCAUGUACCGAAUCCCCGGAUACCGAUACCCACAUACGUUAUCGUUCAUGGGCGAGUUCAUCCCCGAAGCUGAGGCACAGAUCAUUUCUGCAUUUGAGAAGGGCAAGAAGCAAGGUGCCGCGCCCAAUAACAAGGAUCCACCAGCUGCGUCUUCGUUCGGCAAGAGGCCUUUCCAAGUUUCGACUGAGGAUAGAGGUGAGGAUACGAACAUUGAGCAUGAGGUCCCUAGCAAGGGCGGAGAUUGGCGUGGAUCUGUCAAAUCUGUAUGGGCAGCCGCACAGUUCGGCCUCAUCUUUGCAAACCCCAAUGCAGUUCUCCCAGUUCCUGAGAACGGAAAUCAAGCUAUUCUAAGAAACCUCACGGGUAGAAACACUCGAAACGACAUCAAGGCUUAUGUGGCUCGGCCACUUGUCCCUGGGCACCUGCACGCUAUCGAAGGCGAUCUGUCCGAUAAUGAAUCCUGCUUUAAGACAGCUUCUCCCUACCGUAGCAAAUACACCCGUAACGGCGAUGAACACAAGACCUUCCUUCCAAAUUCGGCACUCUGCCUGAACCAAGAUGCCGGUUCUGACUCUGCGACCGAGUUAGAAUCCGACAAGUUAGCACUUUCAUUCCUCAACAAAGGUGCUACCCAAGACCUCCCCGUUGAGGCUGCUUCUGGGCUAAUCCCGGUCACCACCCAACGCCCGACUCCGGAUCCUCGAGAAUCAGACGUACAAUAUCCCGAUUUCCCUCUUCCUUCAUCUGAGGUACCCGCCGAAGUUGUUUCGAACAAUCUACCUCUAAAGCUCCGUCCAAACCAACUCACCAUAGCUGCGGGUUACCGUCCUCAACAUCCCUGCGACGCUCUUUUCAAGCGCGGGUACGCUGGAAUCAAUCCAGCCGGCGCGUAUGCACGUCCAGCUAUCCCUCAUCCUCGUCCCGAUCCGAACAAUCACACAGAUACUGGGUAUCCAUAUGCGAUGAAUACCAUGCGUCGACCUAAAAUCGUAUUUGGAUCUUUCGGGUCCUUUGAAGGUUCCCCAGCUUCUUCGAGGAGCCGGGAUAUCGAUUGUUACCUACAGUUAAGGAAGACCAGGGCGGAGAAUCGGAUAGGGGCUACUGGAGGUAGGGAUAAGUGCGUAGGAGAUGCUCGACUGAAGUCUCAAACAUGGCUGCUGCAUGACCGGCCGGUGUAUCAACACGGAUAUCUGAUGUUCCCGACCUUUGUCCUGUCAAUCCUGUCUUCCCCUCUUACUUUAGCAACAGUCUGGUAUAUACAUAUCAUGUGGUGUGGGCCCCAUGGCUGCUUCAGUGCAGCUAUAGGUGAUGGAAUAGUCGAGGACGACGGUUUCAUAGGCAACAGCGAUAACGGGCUGGGAUCAGACAAUCCCACUUGUGAAUCACAACAAUACCAUUCUAGAAACAGAGAGCACUGUUAUUUCGUCAAGGCCAUAUCCCAGACGUCCAAUGGUAAGGAAAGCCAGUAUAUAAACCCCUUCCUCAUAUACACACAACACCCUUACACCAACUCCUCAUCUAAAAGGUGCUCUUCAAUCCCAUCGCCUAACCCCAAAACUCCUUACCCUAAACCUCAUCAUCACAACCCACCUUCACCCACCAUGCAUACUUUCACAUUCCAACGCCCAAGCUGGCUUACCCCUGCCAUCCUCUCCGCGCCUUCUACAUAUGCAAAAUUGCAAUGCCAACCUGCCGACGCGUUCACUGCCGCUACAAUCAGAGCAGGCGCAGGGGGUGUCUUGACGGUGGAAACGAAUGACCUGCCGAUGAAAGCGAAAAAGGUGAGGGAGGAUGGGGAAGAGGAAGAGGAAGAAGAAGAGGAUGAGGAGGCGAGGUUUAAGUUAUAUGUUUCCCGCGGCGAGUUUGGGAAGAUCUUGGGUGUUGUGGAUGUUCAGCUGGUUUGAUGGGUG